GCGGCUGGUAAGAAUAAAGAAACAGAGGAGGGGGUUGGUGAUCAACGGAAAAGGAUCCAUUAAAAACCAGAGUAACCCUUUUUCUUCUGCUUCGUAGAUCGCAUCACAUACAAAGGUUCACCUAGCUAGGAAAGAGAGCAACUUCUCUCUCUCUCUCUUUCUCUCCCUCUUCAGGUUCUUCGGUUUCUUCGUCAAUUUGAUCACCUGAUCAGGUGAUAUAAUUUACAAUAGCAACAUACUUGUGAGACACCAGCGCUACCAGUCUGGUCAGUCUGAUGGAAUCUGGUGGUUCCUCUAUAGAAAGAAGGAAUACUUUGAGAAGUGAUUCCUUCUCUGAUGGAAAAGACUUUGACAAUCUCCCAGAAACUGGAUGUCUCUCCAUUAUCGUACUUGGUGCUUCUGGUGACCUUGCAAAGAAAAAGACCUUCCCAGCGCUUUUCAAUCUUUACCGCCAGGGAUUCCUACAAUCAAAUGAAGUUCAUAUUUUUGGGUAUGCGCGAACCAAGAUUUCGACUGAUGAGUUGAGAGACCGCAUACACAAAUAUCUUGUUCAUGGCAAGAGCGAUUCUGAGCACUCUGAAGAUGUAUCAAAGUUUUUGCAAUUGCUCAAAUAUGUUAGUGGUUCUUAUGAUUCUGUGGACGGGUUCCGUUUAUUGGAUAAGGAGAUUUCAGAGCAUGAAAUCUCAAAAAACAGUCUAGAAGGAUCAUCCCGUAGACUUUUUUAUCUUGCACUUCCUCCCUCGGUAUAUCCACCUGUGUGCAAGAUGAUCAAACACUGUUGCAUGAAUAAAUCCGAUCUUGGUGGAUGGACUCGCAUAGUUGUUGAAAAGCCUUUUGGAAAGGAUUUAGAAUCUGCAGAGAAUCUCAGUACCCAGCUUGGCAAUUUAUUUGAUGAACCACAGCUAUAUCGUAUUGACCACUACCUGGGAAAGGAAUUGGUGCAGAACUUGCUUGUGCUUCGUUUUGCAAAUCGUUUCUUUUUGCCCCUCUGGAACCGUGAUAACAUUGAUAACAUACAGAUUGUCUUCAGGGAAGAUUUUGGAACAGAAGGGCGUGGUGGAUAUUUUGAUGAAUAUGGAAUAAUCCGCGAUAUCAUUCAAAAUCAUCUGCUGCAGGUUCUUUGUUUGGUUGCCAUGGAGAAACCUGUUUCUCUUAAGCCUGAGCACAUAAGAGAUGAGAAAGUAAAGGUGCUUCAAUCAGUCCUACCUAUAAAACCUGAGGAGGUUGUUCUUGGACAGUAUGACAGCUACAGAGAUGACCCAACGGUUGCUGAUGAUUCAAACACCCCAACUUUUGCAACUGUAGUUCUGCGAAUUCACAAUGAAAGAUGGGAAGGCGUUCCUUUUAUACUCAAGGCAGGGAAAGCAUUAAAUUCAAGAAAGGCAGAAAUACGUGUUCAGUUUAAAGAUGUUCCAGGAGAUAUUUUUAGAUCUAAAAAGCAAGGGAGGAAUGAAUUUGUAAUACGCUUGCAACCUUCAGAGGCCAUGUACAUGAAACUUACGGUCAAGCAACCAGGGCUGGAGAUGUCAACCAUCCAAAGCGAACUAGAUUUGUCAUAUGGGCAACGUUACCAAGGAGUUACAAUUCCAGAGGCUUAUGAACGACUAAUUCUCGAUACAAUACGAGGCGAUCAACAGCAUUUUGUUCGCAGAGAUGAGUUGAGGGCGGCAUGGGAGAUUUUCACUCCGUUGCUACACAAAAUUGACGAUGGGGAGCUGAAGCCACUUCCAUACAAGCCAGGGAGCCGAGGUCCAGUGGAGGCUGAUGAGCUGCUGGCAAAAGCCGGUUAUGUGCAAACACAUGGCUAUAUAUGGAUCCCGCCCACCUUGUAAUCAUCUUCCGGUUACUGGGCGAGCUGGAAUUUUUAGGGCCCCACCCUAUAACAAGAAAUAGAAAAUAAUCCUGCCCCCUCCAGCUUGUUGACCCAGAUGCGCCCUUUGUGUUGAGAGUAGAGAAAAUAAUAUCUCAGUGUAGCACCUAAAAUCAAUUGCUUAUGUAGUAAGAUCAAUCGGUUGUUAAAUUAGAUUACUAUAUGUUGUGGUAUGUACUAGAACUUUGUGUAAUGAAUUUUGUUUUAUUUUUCUCACGUAAUUACAAGAUACUCCCUGAAUCGUGAA